AUGACGGCAGUUGCGUCACCAUCAAAAAGUAAGCAACUAGUGCCGAUUCCACCUGACGGUGGUUGGGGAUGGGUCGUGGUGCUGGGAUCGUUCUUCGUCCACGUUUUCGCUGAUGGUUUCGUGUACUCAUUCGGUGUACUUGUUGAAGUACUCAUGAAGGUGCUUUUUUAUCUUCUUCUUUUUUACCCAGGGUUCAAUGGCGCCAGAGUUAUAGCGAUAAGAAUUGGCUAG